UUGUGGUCAGAAAUGAAUACCCAACAAUUUAGCGUUCAAGCUGAUUUCCUACAUAAGUAUCCAGAGAAUUCGUAGACAGUCUAAUUUGGUAGCCUAUUCCAAAUCUUCCAGGAAAUUUUAGAAGACCUUUUUGAGUUUCGUGGGCCAAAUGUCUUCCAGUAGGCUUGUAGGUUCUAGAAUCAAGGAAAUGCUACUAGGAAUGAAACGAUAUCUGAAUAAGAUAAAUCUCAUUACAUGGUCCCUUGACAAGUUUAAGUUCUGCUUAGAGUCAAUAGAAAAAGUUGGAAUAAGAACAUUUUAGAAAGAAAACAAUGCAGGGGAAAAAUAGUAGGAAAGCCCCCCAAAAAUCGAAGUAAAAACAAACAGCACCUAUUAAAUAUUGGCAGUCAAAGGGAGUAUAAAAACUUGAUAUCGUAUAUGACUCAUAAAUA